UGUUAGCCCCGUAUCCUGACCCCUCGCGGCCGCUGUUCUUCAGCUGGGGGCCUCUCCGCUGCAGAGCCAUGAGGGGGGAAUCUCACUCGCUCGCUGUGAACGUCCACCCCAGCCAUUGGCAUUUCCAUGGUCUCUCCAGACCCUCCUUGCAUUUCGUGGCAGGGGUGAGAACUGGAUGCGCCCGUAGCAAAACACACUCCGUCGAAGGAAACAGCGAGAACCCGGGGUAUAACCACUACCCUCGGAAGCACAUCGCAAACCUGUGCAAGGAGAGAGGGCGAAGCGUUGGGAAGUUCAACAAGGUGCAGCUGACUGCGGGCUGGAGAAGGGUGACGGGACUCAGCAGCAGGUUCCAGACCCCGGCGGGGUUUGAUGCGGGUCCGAGCGUGACAGACGCAGCAGCAGGGCGUCCUCACGGCCCGGUUCCCCACCAAUAGAUUUGAAGCGGUGGGAGUUAGCGUGGAAAGCAAAGGUGCUAGCAGAUGAUGAGGGGGAACCAGAUGGCUGUGAGAAGCAGCAAAAACGUGAAGAAACGCGUAAAAGCAUGAUCUGGAGAUGUGGAGGGGCAAGAGAACCCACCAAGGAGUCUACGGCACUGUGAUGCAUGUGAACCGCGGGAACCCGGCCGGCCAGGAGGUGCUGGUGGAUUCAUGGCCAGAGUUCAAAAUCGUCCUCACCCGGCCAAACAGAGAAGUGGCGUGGGACCCAAGUGAUUUCGGCACCAACUUGUACACGGCCUUCUACCGGGACGAGGGCGCCUGCCGGGCCCUGCUGGGGAACAGCCGUGCCGUGGACUGGGGCCAGGCCUUCCAGAUACAGGGGCUGCAGGAUGGGGUAUACGAGACCAUCAGGGACAUUGCCAGGGCCAGGGGGCUUGAAAUGGAGAUGUAUCCGUACCUGCCGCUGCUGCACCCAGACCCACCUGCCAUGCCCCAGUACCGGCCUAAAGAGGGGCUCAGGCUGGCCCCCGUGUCCCCCGCCCACGCCAUGCUACUCAGCGACACCUGGAUGUUUGGGUGGAACAGCUGGAGCCUGCGCUAUUUGUGCCUCCUGAUCCGCCACUUCCCCAACGCCUGCCUGCUGGCCCCUGAGGGGCCCCCCAUCGCCUGGUCCCUCGUCGACCCGCUGGCUGCCCUGAUGCACGGUUACACGCUCCCGGAGCAGCGCGGCCAGCACCACAUGGCGCCCGUGGUGGGGACGCUGGCGGCUCAGUUGCACGCCCGCGGCUUCCCUGUGUACACUCGGGUGCUGCCCCACAACAAGCCUUCCCUGCGCCACCUGCAACACCUCGGCUUCCGCAUCCUGCCGGGGGUGUUCCACCAGCUGGUGGUGAGGCCUGGGUUCGCCCAGUCCCAGCCAGCCCGUGCCCUGGACUCGGCCCAGGACGCCGCGCCCAGCGCUGGGGGACGGCCGUGCGCCCAAUAGCACGCAGCACAGGGAGAGGCAGAGAAGGGGACACAGGCCAGGGCCCUGCGCCCAGCUCUGGGGGACAGCCAUGCUCUGACUGCCCGUAGCACUGGGGGAGCGGACGGGGACACGGCCCAGCCACUUCCAGGGACCUACUGCUCUGCCGCCCCCACGAAGGGGACACACUGACCAGCCACCAGGGGAGUCAGCUGGCAGCCCUUGGGAAGCCAGGGCCUGGUAGAGGAGACUAGCUCAUGGGCCAUUAUCCCCUGGAGCAGGGCAGAGGCUCAGUAGGGGGCGCUCUCCCCCGGCAGUCAGUGCUGGCUCCAAAGAGAGCAGGGUGAGGGCUCGGCAGGGGGCGCUCUCCGCUCAGGGUGCUGCCCCCAUGCCCUGUGCUGUGGGCUCAGCAGGGGGCGCUCUCCUGCUCCCUUCCCCAGGCAGUUUGUUGCUUGGCUAGGGCUGGGGGUGGGGGUCCCCUUUCCAGGAGCUGUGCCUGGUCUUGCCAAAGCUUUGGUGCAAGCUCCCUUGGGCUGCGACCACAUGUCCCAGCUGUGGGCUACCCCUUACCUCCCCCGUGGUGAUAGGGUGCAGUUGCUGGCCUUGGACGGUUGAUCCGGGGCCAGCAGGAAAGCCAGGCCAGGGCUUGUGUUUAUGAUGGCGCACUACACGUGGGAGGGGAGCGGCUGUAGGACCCCAUCGAAGAGCCCUGCUGGGCCCGAACACAGGGAGGAGCAUCCGCUCUUCUCCCUUUCCCCCAGAAUAGAUGCCCUUGGCAGGCGACGUGGGACUGACCUGCCCUCCGCUAGUCCUAGUGCACAGGCUGCUCCUCCCUGUGUGGCUGGGCCCAGCUGCAGCCCCAGUGAGCUGUGGGGUGGGGGGGGGGGGGGGACCACCCCCACCCCAGCAGACAUGGUAGGCUCUCCUCUCCCUUGCUGGUAGGUCAGUAGCAGUGUGGAGAGGGGGUGGGGCACUCCAGCUCCUUGCAGACCCCAGGGACAUACAUCCCCUUCCUCUCAGCGGGUGGGACAAAGAAUUUUCUGUAAUAGUUUUGAUGUCUGUAUGCCUCAGUUUCCCUCUGUACUUUGCAGCUCAGGGACAGGAAGGGGUGUGUCACAUGGCUGGGGGGCAAGAAGUGGGCGUUCAGGAUCAAAACCAACCCAGAUCAACGGAGGCUCCACAAAGAAGAAGAGUUGGCUUUUGGUGGGACUCAGGAGCUCCCAGCUAGGACUAAAAGAGAUAGAAACAGGAUCCAUUUUUGGGUCUUUGGGUCAUUUUUGGCUUGGCUGGAUGGGGCCCUGGUCUUCACCUUUACUCCUCUGUGCUGCCCUAGGGACCUCCCAGGCCAGGAUCCAGGGGACCAAUAAAACUUGUGCUGUGUGGAAAAGG